AUGAGCGACGACGAGGACAUCCACAUCGACGGACCCGACCUAGCAGCAGAUGAUCCCAUGCGCGCCUUCUUGCCGACUUCUUUUGGCAAGAAAUCCAGAGAGGCUGAUAUUGCGACUCAACUGGAUCGCAGCAAGAGGGCAGCAGAUAAAGUGGAGCAAAAGACACGAGGCCCAGCCUCAGACGGUUCAACCAACAGCGGCGACGAUGACUCCGGCGGUUCAAACUCCGAUAGCGACGACGACGACGAUGACGAGUACCCGACUUCGCAUGAGAUGGUCGUCAAGACUCACGACCGCGCAGUCACCUCAGUGUCGCUAGAUCCAGCUGGUGGCAGGCUGGUCUCUGGUUCCAUUGACUGCACUGUCAAAUUACACGACUUUGCAUCCAUGACUCCCACCACUAUACGUGCCUUUCGGUCUGUGGACCCGUACGACACGAAACCCUCAGCUGCCGGCUCCGAGACACACCCUAUACAUCAUGUAGAGUUCAACCCGCUAGCGGGAAAUGCCAUCCUCUGCAUAUCCGCCCACCCCCAGGCUAAGAUCAUGUCCCGAGACGGCGACAUCCUGACCGAGUUCGUCAAGGGUGACAUGUACCUCCGGGAUAUGAACAACACAAAAGGCCAUGUCUCAGAGAUCACGACCGGCACGUGGCAUCCAACCGACAAGAACCUCUGCGUCACGGCAGGUACCGAUAGCACACUGCGCAUCUGGGAUAUCAACAACAAGCGUAGUCAGAAAGAAGUUCUGGUCUUCAAGUCGAAAGCCGCAGGCAACGCAGGACGCACUAGGAUGACGGCUGUCGCCUGGGGAAGUCCAGCUCAAGGAGGCAGCAAUAUCCUGGUCUCAGCAGCUCUGGAUGGUACAUUGGUUAUGUGGAGCGGCAAUGGUCCCUUCUCGAGGCCAUCGGCCGAGGUGAGGGAAGCCCACAAGCCCAAUACCUGGACUGGUGGCAUCGAUAUCAGCUCCGAUGGACGAAUGGUCGUCACGAGGGGAGGCGACAACCUCAUCAAGCUUUGGGAUACGCGCAAGUUCAAAGAACCUCUCGUUACCGUUGAGCACGCUUCGACUUCGGAUCACUAUCCCAUGAGCAACAUCAGAUAUGCACCGAACUCGACGAGCAUCAUCACGGGAUCGGCCACCGGUCACCUGCAUAUCCUCAACCCAGGAAACUUGCAGGCAGAAUACACAACACCAAUCACUCCAGGGUCGCCUUUGAUCACGGUAGACUGGCAUCCGAAGAUCAACCAGAUCAUCACUGGUUCAGCCAACGCCGAAACACAUAUUCUAUACAAUCCGGACAUGUCCAGUCGUGGCGCCAUAGACGUCAUGUCGCGAGCUCCCAAGAGGCGUCACAUAGAUGACAAUCCCGAGUUCACCACAGAUCAAACUCUUGGCCUGUCGGGAGAUUCCAUCAUCACGCCAGGUGCAAUGCCUGGCACACGAAAGGCUGGCGUCACAGCUUCUGGCCGAUCCUUGGACCCCCGACGACCCCAGGUACAGCAAAUCACGCCAUUCAUGCGCAGCCAGCCCGAUGAGAAGCAGAUCAGCGAGAACAUUCCUUUGAGCCGAAUGCUUCACGAAGAUCCCCGAGAGGCUCUACUAAAAUACGAGAAGCUCGCCAAAGAAGAUCCCAUGUUUACAAAGGCUUGGAACAACACUCAGCCUGUGACUCAGUAUGCGGAUGCCAGCGACGAAGAGGAUGCAGGUCCCGACAAGAAGAAAGUCAAGCGCUGA